GUUUGGUAUAGCCAGUUUAGCCCGUCAAUCCAAGCAGCACAAGUCAAUUUGGGGAAGCAACGGUUGGAGCAAAUGUCAAUCUCAAUCGAGUGAAAUCUAUAUUAAAAUAUAUAGGAUGCUAUUUAAAAAUGUUCUCUAGAAAGAAAAAGGAAUUAAAUAAAACGUCAGUUUUAAAGAAGAGUCUAGGGGGAAACUUUGGGUCCCACAACUCAUCACUAUCUGUCCUCCAGGAACAACUCACUAGAGAUGGUGGCUUGGACGUCCCCCUCCCUCUCCCUGCAUCCCUCCAGGACCCUCCCUGCCCCACUACCGCCUGUCUGCUGCGCACCAGGCUGGCCACGGCCGCCAGCCCUUCCCCUGUCCUUGGAGCCUGCCUUAGACGGCCCACAGCCCUGAGUCGACAUGCCAGUGCGGCUGGCCUCCCCCUACAGGCGGCUGGAGCCUGGGCCUUCAGUAAGACCCAGGGGAAGGGAGCGAGCUGGGCCUCCAGCCCCACCACAGAGGCCUCAGAUGUGGGCAUCGAGGUGGAGGACAUCCCCUCUCUGCUCAGGGAUGUGGCUUGUUUCGCUGAGGCUGUGGAGAAACUGAAAGAAAUGGUGCUGUGGGAAGACAGGCAGAUAGAUAACCUCUCAGACAGGCAGCUGGACCGUCAUGACCUGGCCCAAGAGUGUUUGGGGGAGGUGUUGCGUGUGUUGAGGCAGGUGAUCGGUGCCUACCCCCUCCUCAACACUGUAGAGACCCUCACUGCUGCCGGAACGCUCAUCUCCAAGGUCAAAGGGUUUAGUUACAUGGACAGCAGUGCCAUGGGUAAGCAGGACUUUGAGAAGGCCAUGGAGACUAUGGCUGUGGCUUUCAGUAGCAGUGUGUCGGAACUUUUGAUGGGAGAAGUGGACAGCAGUACCCUCCUGUCUCUACCGCUAACAGAGAGGAGCAGGUCUAUGGAGAACCUGUAUGGCUUAGACUCGGCCCAGGCAAAAGACUGUCAAGGGAGGAGUGACCAACAGCACUGUUGCAUGCUGAGCGGAGAACAGGUGGACCUCCUACUGCAGUGCAGUGAGGGAGGAGUGGACUCAGCUCUCUCCUAUGCCAAGGCUGUGUCCAGAUACAUGAAGGACGUCAUCAGCUACGUGGAGAAAAGAAGUGCUCUGGAGAUGGAGUUUGCCAAGGGUCUGCAGAGGCUGUGUCAGUCCAGUAAGCAGAGCAUUGCACAGCCCCAGAUGCCGUUCUUCUCCAUCUACUCUCUGGCUCUGGAGCAGGACUUGGAGCAGAGUGUGGGGGUGCAGCAAACCACUGGCUCCAUACACACUGUUCUACAGCCUCUGAUGCAGUGUAAACAGGAGCAUGAGAGGAGACGCAGAGAGCUCGGAGAACAGUGGCAGAGGGCCCAGAGGAAACUGACUGAUGCUGAGAGUAGCAUGCGUAAGGCUCGAGGCUCGUACGUGAUUCGCUGUGAGGAGUAUGACAAGGCCAGGGGUCGGGUGGAGGAGGAGCUACAAGGGGGAGGGGGCGGGCUUAAAGCUCUGGAUCGGAAGAAGCGAUUGGAGGAGGAGGCCAGGAUCAAGGCUGAAGAGGCAGAGGCUGUGUAUCGUGCAUGUAUAUCCGAGGCGGAGGCGCAGCACCAGGAGAGAGAGCAGACUAAGGGCAGCACUCUCAGACAGAUCCAUGAUGUCAUCAGACACACAGACCACACCCUCAGAUCUUGCACGGUGUCAUACUAUCAGCUGCUGCACAUGCAGACGGCAGCGCUGCCGGUCCAUUAUCAGACUCUGUGUGAGAGCACCAAGCUCUACGAGCCGGGACAACAGUACGCCGCUCACGCAAGACAUCUACACAGCAGCCCAGAGGAUGCCAGACAUCUCUACACGAGCACAGAGGACGCCAGACAUCUCUACACGAGCACAGAGGAUGCCAGACAUCUCUACACGAGCACAGAGGAUGCCAGACAUCUCUACACGAGCACAGAGGAUGCCAGACAUCUGUCGAACCCAGAGCCAGCAGCUCACUACCGCUUUAAGCCCUACUCCUCAAACCAACUGUCUGGACGAACCCGCCACAACAGCUCUAACACAGAUGCACCAAUCAGCAUGGAGACCACACCUACCACGGACGCACCAAUCAGCACGGAGACCAUACCUACCACAGACGAGGAGGGUGGUGCUGGGGAUGGAGUCACACAGAGACAUGGGCAAGGUCACCAAUCACACAAGUCCUGGCCGUCAACGAUGAGGGACUCGGACAGUCUGGGAGGAGUCUAUGGUCUGGAGUCCUCCAGCACUGGGCAUGUAACUAAAGCCAAUGAAGAGCUGGAGGAACAUGAUGGAAACGUCACCUCGUUUGAACAGGAGCCUGAGAUGGCCGUUCCCACUGUUACCUUCCGGAAUGUGGGAAUGUCCAAGGCAGCAAAGACCCACCGCUUCCGCAAGCUCCGCACACCUGCCAAAUGCAGAGAGUGUAACAGCUACGUGUACUUCCAGGGUGCAGAGUGUGAGGAGUGUUAUCUGGCGUGCCAUAGGCGUUGCUUGGAGAGCCUGGCUAUCCAGUGUGGCCAUAAGAAGCUACAAGGUCGCCUGUUGCUGUUUGGCAGGGACUUCACGCAGGGGCUGGGAGACCCCGAUGGUGUGCCUCUGGUCAUCAGGAAGUGCAUCACAGAGAUAGAGAGCAGGGCUCUUAGCAUGAAGGGUAUCUACCGUGUGAACGGGGUGAAGACUCGUGUGGAGAAGCUGUGCCAGGCCUUUGAGAAUGGGAAAGAGCUGGUGGAACUGUCCCAAGCCUUUCCUCAUGAUAUCAGCAACAUGCUCAAACUUUACCUCAGACAGCUGCCAGAGCCUAUCUUGCCCUUCCAUCUCUAUCCAUCUCUGAUGGGGCUGGCCAAGGAGAGCCUGCGUUCUGCGUCUCCUAGCCCAGAUGGAGGUGAGGUGGCUGGGGCAGCGGUGCUGGCAGACCUGGGUGCUGAGACUCCCCUGGAGGUCCUGACUCUGGUCCACAGCCUGAGGGAGCUGAUGCUAACGGAGCUGCCGCAGGCUAACACAGCCACACUGCGCUAUAUUGCACAGCACCUGCGCAGGGUGUGUGAGUGUGAGCAGGAGAACAAGAUGAGUCCCAGUAACCUGGGCAUUGUGUUUGGUCCCACUCUGAUGCGUCCCCGUCCCUCUGGGGCCACUGUGUCCCUGUCCUCCCUGGUAGACUACCCCCACCAGGCCCGCAUCGUAGAGACUCUCAUAGUCUUCUACAGCACCCUCUUCCAUGACUGCUCCAACGGCACCCAAGUUUCCCCCUCAGCCCUAAGCCAGGACGGUGGAGAGGAGGAGGAGAGAGACUGUGGGGGAGGAGCCCAGGGGAGUAUCGACAAGGGAGACAACAGGACAGACGCCAAAUAACCACACAGAGAGACCAGUGGAAUUAGACUGAAGAGGAACCCUCAGCCACAGUACCCACUGACCCUCUGGACCUGAACUCUUCAAUGAAGAACUUCUGUAAAAAAUGGAAAUGGAAUUCCGUUUUUCAAAUGAAAAAGUACUUUAAUGAAUUCUACAAAUUUGAAUUUAUUUGGGGAGUUGGAAUGAAAGUGAUUCCAACUUUCUAUUUUAAUGCAUUGACUACUGAGGAAAAAGUCAGUACACUGACUGGAUGGCAGAAUAUUAAAUUGCUGUUGUGACUUGAGGUAUGAUUUUCUAAACCAGUUUUGCCAAAAUGCUACACAAAUCUAUUUUUAUUGUUUUAAUUACCUGGUGAGAUACCAGGAAGGAAUGUGCAUUUAAAGUUUUUUUGUGCCUGCAAUUUCCUCUUUUUGUGUUCUCUCUGUACACCCCUUGUAUGGUGUAUACAUAUGGUAUGUCUAUACUCUAGCCUGCCAUCUGCCUGUGAACUCACACACCAAUGCUUCAGCACUGCUGCUGGUCGGGGUGCUAGUCAUUGAGAGCUGAUAAUUACAUAUGUUUAUAUUGUUACAGUUCUAACAUGAUGCUGUAUAUCAUUAAUGACAUUAAAUUCAACAGCCAAGCACUA